GCGCGCAGCUGUCAGUGGUGGAAGAUGGCGGAGGGUGGAGUGGUUGAUCUGGAGACUCAGAGAACUGAAGUGUCGGCUCUGCUGAAAACCCAGCUUCGCAGAGGAGACACAUGGUACUUAAUUGAUAGUCGCUGGUUCAAGCAGUGGAAAAAAUAUGUUGGCUUUGACAGUUGGGACAAAUACCAGAUGGGAGAUCAGAAUGUGUACCCUGGUCCCGUUGAUAACUCUGGCCUUCUCAAAGAUGCUGAUACACAGUCACUCAAGGAGCACCUCAUUGAUGAACUUGACUACAUUUUGCUGCCAACUGAAGGCUGGAACAAACUUGUUAGCUGGUACACAUUGAUGGAAAACCAAGAGCCAGUAGCACGCAAGGUGGUUGAACAGGGUAUGUUCGUAAAGCACUGCAAAGUAGAAGUAUACCUAACAGAAUUAAAACUGUGUGAGAAUGGGAAUAUGAGUAAUAUUGUAACAAGAAGAUUUAGCAAAGCAGACACAAUAGAUAUGAUUGAAAAGGAAAUGAGAAAAAUCUUCAAUAUUCCAGAAGAAAAAGAGACCAGACUGUGGAACAAAUACAUGAGCAAUACAUUUGAGCCUCUGACCAAAACAGAAAGCACUAUACAGGAUGCUGGCUUGUAUCAAGGACAGAUGCUAGUAAUAGAACAGAAAGGUCAGGAUGGACAGUGGCCGAGAGGUACUAUGCCUAAGUCACCAGGGGCACAACAUUUUUCAACAUUACCAAAGAUUUCUUCAUCUCUGUCCAAUAAUUAUAACAGCUUCAACAACAGAAAUGUGAAAAAUUCAAACUACUGCCUCCCUUCAUAUGCUGCUUACAAGAACUAUGAAUACUCUGAGCCAGGGCGACACAAUGAGCAGCCAGGCCUUUGUGGGCUCAGCAAUCUGGGGAACACGUGUUUUAUGAAUUCUGCAAUUCAGUGCUUGAGCAAUACUCCGCCACUAACUGAAUACUUCCUCAAUGAUAAGUAUCAGGAAGAGUUAAAUCUGGAUAAUCCUUUGGGUAUGCGGGGAGAAAUAGCCAAAUCUUAUGCAGACCUCAUCAAACAAAUGUGGUCAGGGAAAUACAGCUAUGUAACACCAAGAGCAUUUAAGACUCAGGUUGGGCGUUUUGCACCUCAGUUUUCUGGUUAUCAGCAACAAGAUUGUCAAGAAUUGCUUGCCUUUCUAUUAGAUGGCUUACACGAAGACUUAAAUCGAAUUCGAAAAAAGCCUUAUAUCCAGUUGAAAGAUGCAGAUGGUAGGCCUGACAAGGUAGUUGCUGAAGAAGCUUGGGAGAACCAUAUUAAAAGAAAUGACUCCAUCAUUGUUGAUAUAUUCCAUGGGUUAUUUAAGUCCACGCUAGUAUGUCCUGAGUGCGCUAAAAUUUCUGUGACGUUUGAUCCUUUUUGUUAUUUAACUCUUCCACUACCAAUGAAAAAAGAACGGAGUUUGGAGGUAUAUCUAGUAAGAAUGGAUCCUCUUUCCAAGCCUAUGCAGUAUAAAGUAAUUGUUCCAAAGAUUGGAAAUAUGAUGGACCUUUGUACAGCUCUGUCUUCGCUGUCUGAUAUUCCUCCAGAAAAGAUGGUAGUUACUGAUAUAUACAACCAUAGAUUUCACAGAAUAUUUGCUAUGGAUGAGAACUUAAGUAGCAUUAUGGAGCGAGAUGACAUUUAUGUAUUUGAAACCUCAAUCAACAGAACAGAAGAAACAGAACAAGUCAUAAUUCCUGUUUAUUUACGUGAGAAGUUUCGCCAUACCAGUUAUAGUCAUCAUCAUGGUUCUACAUUGUUUGGCCAACCAUUUCUUCUGACUGUGCCUAGAAAUAUAACAGAAGACAAGCUGUACAACCUUCUUUUAGUAAGAAUGUGCCGAUAUAUUAAAACAGGGUGUGAUGCUGAUGAAAAUGAGGGAUCCCUACACUGCAAUAAAGAACAUACUAUCAAUGGUAACGGUCCUAAUGGAAUACAUGAGGAAGGAUCUCCAAGUGAAAUGGAAACUGAUGAACCUGAUGAUGAGUCUAGUCAAGAUCAAGAGCUUCCUUCAGAGAAUGAAAACAGCCAGUCAGAAGACUCUGUUGGAGGAGAUAAUGAUUCUGAAAAUGGACUGUGCACCGAAGAAACUUGCAAAGGACAGUCCCUCGCGGGGCAGAAAAAACGUCUGUUUACAUUCCAUUUUACUACUUUGGGCAAUGCUGAUAUCAGCUAUAUAAAGGAUGAUACCAGGUAUAUUCGAUUUGAUGAUAGGCAACUAAGACUAGAUGAAAGAUCGUACCUUGCCUUAGAUUGGGAUCCAAAGCUAAAGAAAAGAUACUUUGAUGAAAAUGCAGCAGAGGAUUUUGAAAAACAUGAAAGCAUGGAUUUCACACCACAGAAAAAAUCCUUCAUGAAAUUAAAAGACUGCAUAGAACUUUUUACUACCAAGGAAAAAUUAGGGGCUGAGGAUCCAUGGUACUGUCCGAAUUGCAAAGAACAUCAGCAAGCAACCAAAAAAUUAGACCUUUGGUCUUUACCCCCCGUCCUAGUGGUCCAUUUAAAACGUUUUUCCUACAGUAGAUAUAUGAGGGAUAAGUUGGAUACAUUUGUUGACUUUCCUGUAAGUGACCUAGACAUGUCAAAAUUCCUUAUUAAUCCAAAUGCUGGACCAUGUUGCUACAAUUUAAUUGCUGUAUCUAAUCAUUACGGAGGAAUGGGAGGCGGACAUUAUACAGCUUUUGCAAAGAAUAAAGAUGAUGGCAAAUGGUACUAUUUUGAUGACAGCAGUGUGUCGGUUGCCUCCGAGGACCAGAUAGUGUCCAAAGCGGCUUAUGUGCUUUUCUAUCAGAGACAAGACACAAUGAGUGGGACGGGCUUCUUUCCGCUAGACAGAGAAGCUAAACUUGGCGCUUCAGCUGCCACUGGUGCCCCACUGGAGAGUGAUGAAGAGACAAAUGAAAAUGACAUAGAGAAUGAAAACUGUAUGCAUACAAACUAGUGAGGCCUAUGAAGCUAUUAAAUAGGAUGGAAAAAUAAUACAAUUAAAAUUAACGUGUCCACCAAAAA